GUCUCUCCCACAUAGUGUUGGUAGCAGAGUGAGGAAUAAAACUCCCUCGUCCUGACUGCUUCCUCAUGAAUGGUUUCAUCAGUGGCCCAGAGGACACCUGCAUGAUCAGUGCUGCUGUGUUAAUUCUGAACUGUUUUGCCAGAUCAAGAUUCCACCACCCUUCCCGCCCUCCCCUCACCUAUCACCAGAUCUGUUCCCCCAUAUUGGCUUCCCCAUCAGUGCUAUUUUUUCUAAUUAUGUAAAUCCCUACAGGAUAGGCCAGGACUAGGGGGGUUGGAAUCAGAACCCUGAAUGUAUUUGGGGCUGUGGUGUAACUUUAAUUAGACUUUUUCUUUUCAAAAUGGCAGUUUUGUAAACCUCAGCAAGCAAACUUGAGAUGCACAGGGGAAAAAAAGCAAAUUUAGUCAUGCUUCAGAAACCCCUCCUUGUUUUUGUAAAACCGUGAUCUAUACACAGACACUUCUUGUGUUGACUCUAGCCACGUUCUGGUUGUGGCAUUAAAGCUAUUGGAAUUGAGCUGCAAGCGAGAGAGACAGCAGGUCUGAGAGAGAAGAAUGAAAAGGAGACCCCCUUUUGGAUGCCACUCCCUUUGAGAAAGGAGCUGAAGUUAUGCUGCAUUGUUCAGAGGCAGGAGAGAGGGUUAGGGCAGUGCUUUCUGUUUCUCUACCACAACCACCACCAGUGAGGCAUCCAGCUGGGCAGCAGGUGCAGUGGAUGUGGCUAAUCAGCCAGCUGCAAGCCUCUGACCCCAGAGGAAUGGCACCCUUGAUACCUUCACAGUAUCUCAAGUUGGGCAUCCCAAAAUGGAGGCACCCCAAAUCAGCAGCCACUUCUGAACACAAUGUCUUUGUUUUAAAGACACAAGGAUGAAGAUGAGACGCCACAAGCUCUUUCUGACUCUGUGCAUGGCUGGUCUCUGCCUCAUCUCCUUCCUGCACUUCCUCAAAGCCCUCUCUUACGUCACCUUUCCCCGGGAGCUAGCUUCGCUUAGCCCCAACCUUGUCUACAGCUUCUUCUGGAACAAUGCGCCUGUCACUCCGCAGGUCAGCCCCGAGCCAGGAGGGCCAGAGUUUCUCCGUACGCCGCUGUACUCCCAUUCACCCCUGCUUCAGCCCCUGCCACCCAGCAGGGCCAGUGAGGACCUGCACAAAGCUGAGUUUUUACUGCAGGAAGACACGUCAGAAUAUUUUGUCCAUACCAAAGCUGGCGGCGUCUGCUUCAAGCCAGGCACCAGGAUGUUGGAGAAGCCACCAGCGGGCCGAAUGGACGAGAGAGAAGAUGGCGCUGCUUCGGGGCACCCAGCUCGCAAGCCGCUGAGCACCAGCGGCACAAAGCGGCGCAAGUGGGUGGAGUGCGUGUGCCUGCCUGGCUGGCAUGGCCCUAGCUGUGGGGUGCCCACUGUGGUCCAGUACUCAAACCUGCCCACCAAGGAUCGGCUGGCACCACGUGAGGUACCCCGGCGGGUCAUCAAUGCCAUCAACAUCAACCAUGAGUUUGACCUCCUGGACGCCCGUUUCCAUGAGCUGGGUGAUGUAGUGGAUGCCUUCAUGGUCUGCGAGUCAAACUUCACAGCCUAUGGCGAGCCGCGCCCACUAAAGUUCCGCGAGAUGCUCCUCAAUGGCUCCUUCGACUACAUCCGCCACAAGGUGCUCUAUGUCUUCCUUGACCAUUUCCCUCCCGGUGGGCGCCAGGACGGCUGGAUCGCCGAUGACUACCUGCGCACCUUCCUGACACGGGACGGAACCUCCCGCCUACGCAACCUGCGCCUGGAUGAUGUCUUCAUCAUCGAUGACGCGGAUGAGAUCCCGGCCCGCGAUGGCGUGCUGUUCCUCAAGCUCUACGAUGGCUGGACAGAGCCUUUCGCCUUCCACAUGCGCAAGUCCCUCUAUGGUUUCUUCUGGAAGCAGCCCGGCACCCUAGAGGUGGUUUCUGGCUGCACAGUGGGGAUGUUGCGUGCUGUCUAUGCCACGGACGGGAUCCGCCUCCGCCGCAGAGAGUACUACACCAUGCCCGGCUUCCGGCAGUACGAGAACACCACAGGCCACAUCCUGGUGCAGUGGUCACUGGGCAGCCCCCUCCAUUUUGCUGGCUGGCACUGCUCCUGGUGCUUCACCCCAGAGGGUAUCUACUUCAAACUGGUGUCAGCCCAGAACGGGGACUUCCCCCGCUGGGGUGACUACGAGGACAAGCGGGACCUCAACUACAUCCGGGAACUGAUCCGGACUGGUGGCUGGUUCGAUGGCAACACCCAGGAGUACCCCCCUGCUGACCCCAAGGAACAAAUGUAUGCCCCAAAGUACCUGCUAAAGAACUACCAGCGGUUCCACUACCUGCUAGAGAAUCCCUAUCGGAGGGCAGAAGGGGCUGGGUGACAGGAGCGGGACUUGCAUGGGAAAUGGGAACAUUAGAGCAAAGGGGAAGAGUGAGGUGUGUCUUUUAUUUUCCUUUUUCAUUUUGUUUCCAGCCAAGGUGCAUAGUUUCUCUGCAUUCUCUGCCUUUCUGGGAGUGAGACUUGGGGUGGGAUUCCCAGUCAUGCUAAUGAGGGCCAGAGGGAAGAAGAGGAAAUGGGAACUGGCCCUGUAGAAGGCAAAAAGGCUGUGGUACACCCCUUCAACCUUGCCUGCAGGGUGGCGAGAUCUUAUCCAGGGGAUAGAUUUUCCUACACAAGGGUGGGUGGAGGGAGCAGCUGCCCCCACCGUGGAACAGGUUGCAUGCACAUGUGCAUCUGGACUUGUCAAUGAGCAUGUGAGUGGGCGGGCGAAUGUAUGAUCAUGUGCAUGUGAGUGGAUGUGUGUGUCAUGCGUGUUCAUGUGAGUUUGUGUGUACAUGUGCAAAAGUAUCUCUAUAGGCAUUUAUUUUUUUACCUCGGUAGUCUUUAAAAUACAGCCUCUCGCUACCAACCCAUGUCAAUGCGUCUCUCAUGGGCUCCACUCUUUGUCUAACGUGCUGCCAGUCCUGGAGCUUGCAGAUAAGAGAAGAGGGGUGGAACACAAGUAUUGUACUCCUUCCCUAUCCCCACCUCACUGUUGCUCUGCACCCCACACCUUAGCUCUGCCCUCAAAGCUUCAGGCUGUGUCCCGGCAACCUGCUUUCAUCAGGGAACAAGCUGCAGGGGUCUUCUCUAGGUUGAUUGUGUGUUGUGUUCACAAGUGUGUGGAUUAGUGUAUGCACAAGUGUUAAUGUGGAUGGAUUUGGCAGGUGUGUGGCAGAGUGCGUGUGUGUGUGAAAGAGAGGUAGGAGUGUGGCAGGAUUCAGAAGCUCUGCUAUCUACUUAGUGGUUAAGGAUAUUCAGGGAACCCUCUACAAGCCUGCUGGGUAUAGGGGGAGGCCAGGAAGCUGUAGGCUCUGUGUGCCAGUGCUUCAUAAAUGGGCCUGUUCAAAACCAGCUCUGGAUAGGGGGGUAAGAAUAGGGACAACUUUAGAGAGGAGCUGCUGGCAGUAUCUGUGGCAGGGAGCCUCCCUCCCCAAUAUAAUACAACAUAAGUGCUGGUUAAUCCUCUUCUCCCUGGAGUAAAAGGGAGGGGAAGGGGAAAUCCUAACCCCCUAGAGCCUAGCCUGGGUGUUGGGGCCAGUGGGCUACAGACUGCAUCCAGGCACAGCACCCACCCCAGGGACAGGGAGAAUCAGCUGCGGGAUUACUCCUGGAACACUGCUGCCUUGUGGCUGGGAGGAUGCGUGAGCCAGACUCCUUGUCUGGACUGUGGAGAGUCAUGCAGUGAGGAGGGGAAGUGACAGUGCUGGAUUUAGGAGCCGAACCAAUCGGAGCCAGCGAGCUAAGCUCUCCAUCCCUGUUGUCCCCGCACUGGGUUUUUAAUGACAGGGUUUGCUUCUUUCCUUGACUGUCUUGGUUCUUUGGGGUGACAGCCACCUUCCCCUCUCCUAGUUUGAGCAAAUGGCUCCGUAGUGUGUGCCUGAUCCGUAGCAUGUAGCGGGGUGAGGUACAGUGUGAACCUAUGUUACUCUGAACCUAUGUUACUCUUCCAGUUGAGAGGAUACGCUAAAGAGAGAAAUGAUGGAAACAUGAUUCCCCACCCUCUUGUUUGGAAUAAGCAUGCGGGAGAAAAGGGAAUGUUCCCUAUAAAGAACGAUCACCCGCCAGCGAGGCCAGCCGUGCUGAAGACAGGGGGCUUUCUUUGCCAAUGGGAGUAUAAAUCACCCUGACCAUCAGGGUACACCACCUUUGGUUUUUUGCCUGGUUUCCCAUUUCUGCUACUCUCUUUUCCCUGUGUGCUCCCUCCUCCAUCUGUCGGGGGGAAAGUGACAGGUCCUAGGGCUCAGUUCUCAGAUUGUGGCUUCCUCCUGAUCCUAUAAGCAUUUCUAAAGUUCUUAUCACCUUGGUAUCUAUUCCUGUAGCACUUUGAACUAACUGAAUUCCUUUUUUCAAGCAGCUGUGGGUCCAAAGUAGAUAGAAUGACAUAACACACCAAGAUUGGAACCCCUUGGUUCUUGACAGAUCUGAGCUAUGUUUAAUCCUAUCUCACUCCUAGUCCCAUGACACCUGCUCAAAAGAGGCUAAGUGUCAGUAUGCGUUAUACACAACCGCUACCAUCACCCACUACAGUCUGCUCCAUGAGAUCACUCAAGGCUGGCACAUGGAAUCGGAGAAGGGGAAAUUUCCACUCUCGCCCCUGGGAGAAAGCUGUGGCUGUGCUGCCCAAGCUGAGCUUCAGCGGCUUGACCCAUCAGCGAGGGUGUGAAGGAGGCGUGGUUCAGGCAGAGGGCUGGUACCUCACAGACCAAGGUCUCCAGGCCCAUUGGCCACAGAGAGUUCAUGACUAUGGUGAAGGAACCCUCAUGAACUGGAGGGUGAUUGCAAAAGGUGGGGCAUAUGUUAAGGGAGAAGGCCUUUGCAGCAGUGGGUAUAGCACAGCUGGGCAGUACUACAGUUCCAAGCGAAGGCAGAGGGAGAGCACCAUGCAUCAGCACAAGGGCCUGGUGCAAGAUAUUGCAGAGAGGUAUGCAAGGGCCCAGACAUUGCUCAUUUUCUUUCAUUCUUGAAGAAAUAGUGAGAGCCCAGAACCUGCCUUCAGACCCUCUGCUUUGACUCCGCCUUUCCACAGGAACAACAAAACAACCCAAAGUCCAGUCCCUGCUGACUGGAGGGGAGAGAGACACACACUAUAUAUCUUUGUCUGCAAACUCCAUAAUGCUGGGAGGUGCUCAGCUACCUUGAUGGCAGGCACCAUAUAGCUAGAACUUGAGUCCCUUCCUUGCAGCACAGUGCUAGCCACUAGUCUGGGGCGGAUUUAGGACAUCCGGUUAAUGCCAGGAAUCUUCCUGGAUAGGAAGCGAUGUGGGACUAAGCCGACCACAAUCCACAGUACUGAGUAUUAGAAAUGAAACUUGAAACAGGCUUCUGUGUUGAGGGACUUUCAGGAGAAAUGUGUUUGGUUUUAUUCUUCAUAUGAAUUAUUUUUGUAAUUGUUCAGUUUAAAGCCAAACCAGUUUAUAUUUAUGGUAUUUACCUUGCGUGGCUAAUCCUCUCCUGACUGGGUUUUGAGAAAUUGACCUCUUGUGGAUUGAACAUCUUCCACUUCCAUCGUCCCUUGCAGGCUGCCGAGUGGGAUUUUGGGGAACUAGCUCUUGCUGGUUGAUUUCUCAGGCCAGCAGUCCACCCCAGCCAGGCCCUGAAGGAAUGGAAAGCAGAGGUUACAUAUGUAAUUUGAUCAGAUGGCUGGAUGGGUGCCUGUAGGAGGGAGAGAGCGAUUAAGCUUGAACAAGGAACAACACAAAAGUGCAGGGUCUCAAAGUGUGGCAAGGAAGAAAUGGGUGUGAUGAUAAGGAUUGGUCCAGAGCCCUCAUUCCCACAAACCAUUGGUAUGAGCAAUACCAAUUUGAUCAUGUCUUGAUCUGGCACUGAAGAUACUGCAAUGGAGUCUAUGCAAUGGAAUAUAUCUGGGGCAUGGUUAUCACAGCUGGGUUAUGUGCUGUUUGUUGCAGCAAUCAUAACUGAGAAUGAGUAGUACAGCUCACUUCCUCCUUUGCCAACAAACUCUUCUUUGACAGCUGCUGCUUCACUCAUGGCUAAGUGUCUUUUCACCUUUAACCCCUCACUACCCUUCUUAAUUUGAACCAUGGAUGAGGCAGCCUCUGCCAUUUCUGGGGCUUACACUCUGCUGUGUGUCUGUUUCAGUCUGUUGUAUUAAUGUCCCCUGCUCCUUUGUAGUUUUCAAGGCUCUCUCCUCCCAUCUGUCCACAUUAAGUCCUGAGAGGCGGGCUAUUUCCAGGUUGUUUAUAAGCAAGGUUGAGGACAUGGUGUUGGAGCAGGUGGGUCCCCCUUACAGGACAGACUGGCUUGAAGGUGCUUCUCCCUAUCCCAUCAGUGGAGCUGGUGGUAAAGCUUGGUGAUGCUCAGAGCCAGAUUGAGUAUGAUCUCCCUGGGGGAACAAGAGACAAAGGAUGGGAUUGUUUUUAUGGCUCUGUGUUUAUUAUGAAAAGGAAAACAUCACAGUUCUCUACUUAGUGUUCUUUCCUCCUAUAUUUGCAGUAUGUCCCUGUUGCUGAGGUAUUCCCUAGAACUCCUGUUUGCCUCCAACCGGGGGACACACUGCAACAUAUCAUUUAUAUGCUGAGGGUGGGCAAAUGAAGAGGCUCUGAUUCAUCCCAUUAAUGUGGCAAGGCUGGGGGAGCUCAGAGCAGCAUUUUUCCCAGUUACCCUCAAGCAAGGUAUCCUCCUGAGACCAUAGCUUCUUCUCACACCCUGGAACCGUCCCACUUCAUGUCCCUUUGUCACCCCCUUUCUUCAUCAACUUUCAUGGCUGCUGCAGAUCUGCACUGUGAGGACCCUGGAGCUGGUCAUUCCUGGUCCUGUUAGUAAACACUGGUUAGGAAGGCAGUGGGCAAGGGAAAGGUCAUCCUGGAUUUACAGACCUAAAACUGGGGAGGAGGGGGCAGAAGGGGAAGGGACCCCAAAUCCCUUAGUCUUUGUGUUCAGAGCUCAAAAAAAAAAAACCC